AUGCCAGGAAUUUCACACCUGGCUAUUUCCUGCUUGCUAAUUCUUUGUUCCUCCUGUCAUUCCUUGGAGAGUCGCAAGAGCUCAAAGAUCGAACAUGAGGAAACAUCGAAUCUUAUGACACAUGUGGCAAGGCAAUUUCACUCCAAUGUGUCGACGGAGAGGGAAGUUUUGCCUCUGCAGAUUCCAAGAAAGUUGCUCUUCAACUACAAGAUCGAUUUGUUCAAAGCUGGGAACAGUGAUUUGAGUCGCCAGGAGGAGAUAUUGCUGGCCAACGUGAAGCGCACAGUGAAGGUGUUUGAGGAUAUCACUGGUGACGCACCGGAAGUUGAAAUGUGGGGCGACGACCAUUGCCUCACGGCACUCGAUGAGCUGCAGAUGAAGGAGGGUCAUGCGCUGGCCUUUGGCUUUAAGAGAGAGGUGGAGGGCCGGAUCAAGUCCGACCUUUGUCGCCUGGUGAUGCUGUACAACACAGGGGGCUAUUACUUUGACACAGAUGUUGCCCCAUUAGCCGCACUGCAAAGGGUAUUAGACCCUCGAGCCACGUUUGUGACAGUGAGGGCGCAACGCGAUGGUUUUUUCCAAGCUUUUGUCGCUACUACACCCAAACACCCUGUGAUCAAGCUCUCAUUGAUGAAGUUCAAGACCUGGUACGACAAGUAUUGGACACCGGGUCAGGAUAAGAAUAAGCUGCGCGACGAGACUGGCCACGGACAGAUCGGGUGCGCUCUAUUGGAGAGGUCUUUCGCAGACUGGUCUGCUUCAGGUCAAAAACCCGACACCUUGCUGGUCCAUCAGGGCGGGCACGUGUCGCAGUUCUUUGACGAAUGGCAAUUUGUAAGUCGAGGUAAUGAACAUGGUUUGCCGCACUACGCAAAUGAUGUGAAGUGGAUGGUGAACGAAAUGGGCUUCGAUGGCGUGAAGAUUGACAAUUGCGGAAGCUCCACCAAUGUCUCCUACUGGGCUGAGCUCCUGAACGCCACAGGAAAGGCGAUUCGCAUAGAGAAUUGCCACAACUCUUGGCCUGACUUCAAGACCGGCUUUUGCCCGAUGAACUUCUUCAGAACAGGUGGGGACAUCAGCGCGGACAUCAAUUCCAUCAUCACCGAAGCUUAUGCAACUGUCGAUGCAGCAGAUUUGCCGGAACCUCGUUCACGUCCAGGAUGCUGGGCUUAUCCAGAUAUGAGCGAGGUGGGAAACUUUGCUGGACCUCAUCGUGAUGAUCAAGAGCGAACACAUUGGGGGUUGUGGUGUGUUGUCUCGUCACCCCUCAUCCUUGGCUUUGACAUGAACGAUUCCGAGACCAUGGACAGGGUGUGGCCAAUCAUCACCAACUUGGACGCUUUAGCAAUCUCAGAAGCCUGGAUUGGACACCCUGGUACACUGAUUUGCAGCUACCCAUCUCAACGGGCAGGACAAGUUGAUCAAGUUGUGCAGGGUGAUUGUGAUGGAAGUGCCGCGACCACCGGCUGGACUUUCAGUGAAGGCAACUUGGUGGCGCCUCAGUUGGGGAGACCCGAGGCACAGUGUUUGACCAAUCAGGUGGUGCCAUGCCCACCACCAACCACCUACGCCCCGGAUGUACAAUGCGGCCUGGCGGUUACAAACUGCAGUAACAGGCCACAGGGCAUUGAAUGGAUGCGCAUCAGAGAGCAGAUCCAAUACCACACAGACCAGUCAAAGCCGACGUGCUUGUAUGCCGAUCCUGUUGACUUUGAUACGUCAAAAGGGUACUUCACACGGAAGGCCGCUACGGUUGGGCUUUCUGCAUGCCCUCAGCAUUUUGAGGAGCGCACCUCAAGGUCAGAGGGUUUUGCUCCGUCAGAUUCCGACCAGUGCGCUUUGCACAACCUAGUGCAUCAGCAUCAGAAGGCUGUCCUUAGAGCUGACACUGCUUCAUCUUCCAAUAUGAACUUCACUUUGACUUCCAAAGGUGAGCUACGAAGUGCUUCCGGUUGUUUGCGAGUUGCAGCCGUGAGCGGCGUGCAGCUCUGGGCCAAGCCAAUCAAUAGCUCCAGUUCGGCGGUGCUUUUGAUUAACCCAUCAGGAGAUGACGAGGUUCUCCAGUGGCCAGUCAAGGACCUCCCCAGUCGCUUCACAGGCGCAAAGUCGAGCUUUGCUUGUCAACCAGGGCGUUGCAUUGCUCGUGAUGUUUGGGCGAAUCAAACCUUCCCAGUGACUUCAGCCACCAUCCAGGUUAGCUUGAAACCUUGGGCCAGCGCACUGUAUAUCCUGAGAGCUGACCACCUCAGUCACCUCGGUCAGAUUGUAGUGUAG